AGUUUACCGUUAACCGGCGACGGUUGGCUACAACCCUGGUACAGUUAUUUCUCGGCGUCAUUUUCUGGCGCUGCGAUGAUGACAGUCAGAUGUAAACAUUUUCGUGGGAGUGAUUAAAAUCUUCAAAGUGCUUCAAAUAUUUCAAUGUUUCGGUGGAAAUGUGCGUUCCAUUCAAGUGAAUUUAUUCGAAAAUGAAGCGGGAAAAGACAGCGGACAAUGUGCGGCCGUACAAAUUAUAAGUAUCCACUGUUCGUACUGGUUUGAUGAUUGUUUUGAUUUCGGUCUGUUUUCGGCUCAUUACAGCGCAUCAGAUUCUCAGCUUGACCGGCAUCAGCUUCGAGCGGAAGAGUAUCAUUGGAUUCGUGGAACUGACGAUCGUUCCGGUUAAGGAAACGCUCAAAGUUAUCCGUUUGAAUUGUCGCCAAUGCCGGAUCUAUCGGGUUAUUCUAAACGACAGCUAUGAGGCGACAUUCCACUAUUUCGAUCCGUUCCUGGACAUUUGCCAGGGGGAAAUCAAGAACAAGUCGCUGGAGUUUUUCUCCAAGUGUCAUCUGGAGGCGGCAAAGAAAACAGACGCCGAUCACAAUGCCGGGGAGUUGGCAAUCGUUGUUCCGGAUCAGGCGGCCCAUCUGAUCGGGGAGGGACGAGGCUUGAGAAUCGGAAUCGAGUUUUCGUUGGAAGAUCCCUCCGGAGGAGUUCAUUUCGUCAUUCCGGAGGGGGAAGGAACCAUGGAGGAACGAGCUGCCCACAUGUUCACUUACGGACAUGAAAACUCCUCUAGGCUUUGGUUUCCGUGUGUGGACAGCUAUGCGGAACCGUGUACCUGGAAGCUGGAGUUCACGGUGGAUAAGAAUAUGACGGCGGUGUCCUGUGGGGAGCUGGUGGAAGUUGUAAUGACUCCGGAUCUCAGACGGAAAACAUACCACUACACUGUGUCGGUUCCGGUGUCGGCUCCAAAUAUCGCCCUAGCGGUGGGCCCAUUCGAAAUCUACGUGGAUCCGCACAUGCAUGAGGUGACCCACUUCUGUUUGCCGCAGAUGAUGCCACUGUUGAAGAACACCGUUCGCUAUAUGCACGAGGCGUUCGAGUUCUACGAGGAAGCCCUAACCCAGCGGUAUCCGUUCAGCUGCUACAAGCAGGUGUUUGUGGAUGAGAUCGAUAACGAUGGGAAUGCUUACGCUACGAUGACAAUUCUGUCCACGCACUUGCUGCAUUCGAUUGCCAUAAUCGAUCAGACGUUUGUGUCUCGGAAGGUGAUGUCCAAGGCAAUUGCGGAGCAAUUUUUCGGUUGUUUCAUCACCAUGCAGAACUGGUCCGAUGCGUGGCUGGCUCGAGGAAUAGCCGAGUACAUGUGCGGGCUGUACUCGAAGAAAUGCUUCGGAAACAAUGCCUACCGAAGCUGGAUUCGCGACGAGUUGGCCGAGGUGGUAAAGUACGAGGAAAAGUUCGGAGGAAUCAUUUUGGAUUGCAGUCAACCGCCAGCACCCCCGGCGGUGUCCAGUAUCAAUCAGUCGCCGGCAGCUCCAGCCAAAGCCUACAACGACAAUCCGUUUUAUUUCCCUAUCAAAAAUCUUCACACAAUCUCGCCGAAAUAUAUCGAAAUCAUGAGGAAGAAGGCCCACCUGGUUAUAAGAAUGUUGGAGCAUAGAAUCGGCCAGGAACUACUCCUACAAGUAUUCAACAAACAACUGGCACUGGCUUCGAAUGCAGCCUCAACGAAGAUCAGCAGCGGACUGUGGCAUCAACUUCACAUUUCCACCAACAUAUUCACGAAAGCAAUUUUCACCGUCACCGGCAAAGAUAUGGCAGUGUUCAUCGAUCAAUGGGUUCGCACAGGAGGUCAUGCAAAGUUUACGAUGACUUCGCAUUUCAACCGGAAGAGAAACACCAUUGAGUUGGAGGUGCGUCAGGAUGCCGUCAAUCAGAAGGGCGUCAAGAAGUACGUGGGACCUCUGUUGAUUCAGCUUCAGGAGUUGGAUGGAACUUUUAAGCACACGUUGCAGAUUGAGAACAUUGUUGUGAAGGCGGACAUCACCUGUCACUCCAAGAGUAGGAGAAACAAAAAGAAGAAAAUUCCACUGUGCACCGGAGAGGAGGUCGACAUGGAUCUUUCGCCUAUGGACGAAUCACCCGUGCUCUGGAUCCGUCUCGACCCGGAGAUGACCAAUCUCCGAUCGGUCCACAUCGAACAGCCGGAUUUCCAGUGGCAAUUUCAGCUACGCCACGAACGGGAUGUCACCGCUCAGCUGGAAGCAAUAGAUGCCCUGGAACGAUAUGCAUCGCCUGCCACACGUCUAGCCCUGACGGACACCAUCGAGAACGAGCAAGUGUUCUAUGAAGUGCGCUGCAAGGCGGCCCUCUGUCUGACAAAAGUAGCCACCUCUAUGGUCACGUCAUGGCAGGGUCCCCCGGCCAUGUUGACCAUAUUUAAGAAAUUUUUUGGAUCGUUUAGUGCGCCGCACAUCAUUCGGCAGAACAACUUCACCAACUUUCAGCACUACUUUCUGCAGAAGACCAUUCCUGUGGCCAUGGCUGGGCUGAGGACCGCUCAUGGUAUUUGUCCUCCGGAGGUAAUUCGCUUCCUGUUGGAUUUGUUCAAGUACAACGAUAACACGAAGAACCAUUAUUCGGACAAUUACUAUCGAGCGGCGUUGGUCGAGGCUCUUGGUAACUCAAUAACUCCGGUUAUUUCCGUGGUCCAUCAAGGAAUGGCACUAACGUCGGAGAAUUUGUCGGCGGAUUCGAAAUUGGUCCUGGAAGAAGUCACACGGAUAUUGAACCUCGAGAAACACCUCCCAUCGUACAAGUACACGGUUUCGAUAGCGUGUCUCAAGGUGAUUCGGAAGCUGCAGAAAUGUGGCCACCUACCGACGAAUCCGAAGAUCUAUCGCAGCUACGCUGCCUAUGGUCAGUACAUCGAUGUCCGAGUGGCCGCCAUGGAGUGUCUGGUAGAUUACGUUAAAAUUGACGGUCGCUGGGAGGAUCUGGAACAUUUGAUCGAUCUGUUGGAAACGGAUCCGGAUCCGAUGGCCCGCCACAAGCUGGGCCGACUGUUGAUAGAGAAUUUGCCGUUCGACAAGGGUAACAAACACAGGCUGGACCGGGAGGAGCUGGCUCUGAGAAUUUGGAACAACAUGAAUUCUCUUCUUUCGCACGACACCCGGUUACGUUGCGACAUGGUGGACCUGUACUACACCUUGUACAACACACGCAUUCCAACUUGUUUGCCAAAUCCGGAACUGGCUUCGAUUCUGAAACCGCAAAAGCUGGCCUCUUCAUUCGCAGCAGUGGCUGACAAAGAGCCCAUCCAACCGGAACCGACUGAAAUCGAUCUGGAAACGUUCUCUAGCAAGCGACCUCGUUCGGCCAGCCCGUUGGAUAUAAAACCUCUGGAUUUGAUCGACAUCGGACCAACGGAACUGCUGAUGUCCAAAAGUCGCGAACCUUCGCCUCUGCUGUCGGAGGAAAUCCGCGAGGACAUUAUUGUGGAAACCGUCGAUUCUAGCAUCAAGACCGAGAUCGUCGAAAUGGAAAAAUCCAUUCUCAAGGAGGAAAUCGUCGAUUUGGAUGACAACAACUCGGUCACGGUGGUGGAUACCGAACCACCGGCUAAAAAACCCAAAACGGAAUUCUAUUCGGACAAUUCAAUCUCGCUGCCGGGUAUAACGCCUAGUAACAGUUCCGUAACGGGGCCCACCGGUUUCGAGCCGGGCAUGUUUAGCAAAUCGGCGGAAUCGUUGCCCGCGGUUCCUUCCGAACCGAGUGUUAGCGGUAAAUCCGAUGGAAGCAAGAAAAAGAAAAAGAAGGACAAGAAGAAGCACAAACAUAAGCAUAAGCACAAGCACAACAAAGAUAAGGAUAAGGAAAGGGAUCGUGACAAGGAUCGCGAGAAGAGCAAAGAAAAGAAAGAUCCCAACAUUGUGCGCUUGAUCAAGGAGGACACCCAGGAGACGCUCAGCUCGGCGGACAGUUCGAGUAGGGAUAGUAAUCCAACGACACUGGAUUUAACGUCAUAAAGUUUAGCAUUUGUAGGUUUUUACCAAGUACGGACAAAAAUAUUGAAUGUCUUAAUAGAGUUUUAGAGUAUACUAUAUGUAAGUAUAA